AUGGAGGGACUUAAGAGGCAGGUUGAGCUGCUCUACGCAGCGCUACAGCCACUGGAUGUGGAUCACAGCUGCCAUCGUCAUGGACAGCCAACAACCCUUCCCGACGAGGUGGUGUCGGCACUGCAGGUUGCGCUUGCCCGCGCAACGGCCCUGGCUCACUGGGCCACCGCUGUGCAACGAGAGCAGCUGCUGCAGCAACGUCCGAGUGGCGGCAGUGGCGCACCAAGUCUGCAUUGUGGUGCCGCAGCUCAACAGCAGACGCUUGGCAGUGUCGCUGAACUUUUCAAGGUGUCUGUCGCUGACAUCCGCCACUGGAACCCGCAGCUGCCGUCCGAGCUUCGCGAGGAGGACGUGCUGCCGCCCGAUACAUACCUCAAGGUGCGACCUGCGGCGUCCUCGGUCUCGUCGCUGCGACCGUCUUCGGUGUCGACGCUGGCGUCGCGCUUAAGGCUAGUUGCCGACUCUACAGGGUCUUCGGGAGUCGCGGUGAGCGGCCAUACCUCGGCGAAGACGCAGGGGACCGACGCAGGGUAUGGCCACGGCGUCGCGGCUCGCCGGCAUAACUCCGCAGCCAGUAGCACUCGGAGUAGUUGCUCGAGCAGGGCUACUGGUGGUGCAGGCGCCUCCAUCGCUGGAGUCGGCAGCGGCGUCUUUCCGUGUGGCAGCGAAGGCGGCGCGAGCCAAGGGCGAUACAGCGCCUGGACUGCGGACAGCGGACGUGGCUCGAGCCGGUCUCCUCAAGUUCCGGAGCUGUCGAUGCCAAACAGUUGCGUCAACGCCGCUCCGCCCUCCUGCGCCCCGGAACCAGUCAUGAUGUCGGUGUGCAGCAACCCGUGCUCCCCCCCAGACAGGUACUAUCUGAUCGACUUGAAGGAGGACGUGAUGGGGUCGUCGCCAAGUCCAGAGAGCGAUGCGCGUGCGAACGGCAAGCCCUGCUGCAGCCGCAGCAUCCCCAAAGACUCUCUUCCGUCACCGCCUGUGCUUUCCCUAGCGUCAUCCCCGCCCUUCCCGGGUGCGGCCACCUCACCAGCAGUAGCGGCCGCGGAGGCGACGCCGUGGCACGACAGCUUUCCUCGGCAAGCGUUCAUUGACGGUGGCAGCUCCGUCACCAGUGCACAAGAGCUCCGCACGCGUGGCCACUCCCGUUCCCCCCCCUGCAGCCCAACCGGGGGGGUGCCGGCGGGCUCUGUCGUCACGUCGAAAGGGCGCCGCUCUGACAUUGGUCCAAUGGCGUCGCCUGGCGCGAGCCCCACAGCUUCCCGGAUUCGACCGCCCUCGUCCCUGGCAGAUGGCGGGGGUGAUGGGAGGCAGCCGAGAAACCGCACUGCCGGGUCUGCUGCAGCAGCGCCUGCGGUGCCGCCUCGGGUGGCGAAGGGAGGAGCACGGGCGUUGGCGCCGCGGUCGCCGACGCGGGAGGCAAGCGUGUCGCUCUCUGCCGUCUCGCCGCCCUCUUCGCUCGGGGCGGAUGGACGAAGCAACAGCGCCCACAGCCGCAUGCGCGCCGGCGGCGCGGAGGGGGAGGGAGAGCUGUUUGGCGCAGAGGCGCCCCGGCACCAGUGGCUCUCACCAAUGCAGCAUAGCCAGCGUGCCUUGGGGUUGUCACCGUCCCUCGCUGCCCCGUCCGAAACCUCGUCGUGCUCGUCGAUGGCGAAGAAACAGCGUCCACCGUCAACCGCCACAGCAUCGAAGACCGCGGUGAACAGUGGUGACAUCCACAGUCCGAGUGACUUCCUGACCCCCAUUCAGCCGCGAGGCCGUCAUGGUCCGCAGCGCACGGCUGGCAAAGCCUUUUCGAGCACCGGCCGCUCCGACAUGGAGGGCAGUCCUGUCAGCGCCUCGUGCUCCUCCCCUGGAGGCCACUCGGGAAUCGAGGCUGAGGCGACUGAGUCACCAAGGAGCGACGCGGAGGACUCCAUGGAGGACGAGGAGGAGAGGACCCCCUCUAUGCGGCCUCCGGCCAUGCUAGGACGUCACGUCAGCAGUCCCCCACCGAACCUCAGCCGCCCCCAGCAGAGCGCCUGCACCGGGGCUCGCCUCUCCACCGCUCCGCCUCGCCUCUUCACGGCACCGCCUCGCCGCGCAGUCGAGUCCCCACAACAGCUGCGGCAAAAGCCAGGAGUUGAGAUGGAAACAUCGCCGUUCCCGCCGUCGCUGGCUGCUCCAUCUCCUCUGGAGCCGUCACAGCAACGGCUGCAGGAGUGGAGUGAGUUGGACGACCCCCUCGAGGGGCCGCAGCUGGCGGGCGGGGAGGACUACGACACGCUCGAGGGCAUCGCCGCAGCGUACAACCUAACGGUCUCCACUAUCAUCGAGUGGAACCCGUAUCUGAAGAAGUACGGGUCAAGUGAGCCACUCCCACCAGACCUGCCCAUUGCCCUGCCCAUGUCGAGCGAGGACGAGGAGGAUGGCGAGGAGACGAACGGCCUCGUGCGCGAGGCGGACUCUGAGCUGCUGCGGAAGCCGCAACCCAGGCAUGGGAAUCACACGCCGGGCGGGUACUCCCCCUCCGGUGCUUUAGACAACUCGCCAACACCGUUGCGACCGCUGUAA